AAACGCGCCUGCCCCAGUGUCCUCCGGCUCUGUUAGGUUCCUCGCCUCUCCCAGUUCCCGGCAUUCCCCGCGACCGCCGCAGGUGCCUCCAGGAGCCAGUACCCUGGGCGCGUCCCGCUCCCUGCCUCACUCCGCACCGCUGCCGUGCGCAUCGCAGGGACCGCGCGCUCCAGAGCUGGCAGCUCCUCCGCGCGGUGCCCACCGCGCAUUCUCCUCCAGGGUCCCUCCCGUCGCCGCCGGCCGCCCCAGGCCCCGCCAUGGGGAACGUUCCGUCCGCGGUGAAGCACUGCCUCAGCUACCAGCAGCUUCUCCGGGAGCAUCUCUGGAUCGGGGAUUCAGUGGCAGGGGCGCUCGACCCCGCGCAGGAAUCAUCUCAGUUAUCUGGACUCCCUGGGUAUGUUAAAAUAGUGGAAGUUGGACCUAGGGAUGGAUUGCAGAAUGAGAAGGUUAUAGUUCCCACAGACAUAAAAAUUGAAUUUAUCAAUCAGCUCUCCAAAACUGGCUUGUCUGUAAUAGAAGUGACCAGCUUUGUGUCCUCCAGAUGGGUACCACAGAUGGCUGAUCACACUGAAGUGAUGAAAGGCAUUCAGCAGUAUCCAGGAGUUCGCUAUCCUGUCCUUACUCCAAAUCUUCAGGGUUUCCACCGUGCUGUUGCUGCGGGAGCCACAGAGAUAUCAGUGUUUGGUGCUGCAUCCGAGUCCUUUAGCAAGAAGAAUAUUAACUGCUCCAUUGAAGAAAGUAUGGGGAAGUUUGAGGAGGUCAUUAAGUCUGCAAGGCACAUGAAUAUUCCAGUACGAGGGUAUGUGUCUUGUGCCCUGGGCUGUCCAUAUGAAGGAAACAUAACACCACAAAAAGUGACAGAAGUGUCCAAGAGAUUGUAUAGCCUGGGCUGUUAUGAGAUCUCCCUGGGAGACACAAUUGGAGUAGGAACUCCAGGAAGCAUGAAAAAAAUGUUGGAAAGUGUCAUGAAAGAAAUCCCACCAGGUGCUCUUGCUGUUCACUGUCAUGAUACAUACGGACAAGCCUUAGCAAACAUCCUCACUGCCUUGCAGAUGGGAAUUAGUGUGGUGGAUUCUGCAGUAUCCGGAUUAGGAGGUUGCCCUUAUGCAAAAGGUGCUUCUGGGAAUGUUGCCACUGAGGAUUUGGUCUAUAUGCUUAAUGGCCUGGGGCUCAAUACAGGUGUGAAUCUUUACAAGGUGAUGGAAGCUGGUGACUUUAUUUGCAAAGCUGUGAAUAAAACCACAAACUCUAAAGUAGCACAAGCCCUCUUCAAUGCUUGACUGGAUUUAUUUAUGACUUAUGGUUGAGAAGAUCCCUUUCAGCUAAAUAUAGUCAUCUGAAAAUCAUUAAUGUCAACCUGUUCUGAAAUGUGAAGUAAUAGACAAGAGUGGGAAAAAAAGAGAUGCUUGAUAAAAAAAACAUUACAAUUGGAGAGAUUAUAAAGUCAACAGAGGGCAGUAUCAGUCAUCAGGUAAAUUGCAAGCUGGAGAUAAAUAAUAAAACUUGUACUCAUCUAUGUGAAUACAGAAGGGAGUCUACUCCUUUGGUCUUAUAGAAAUGACUUUUAAUUUAGUAGACGUGAAAAUUGACUUCAGGUUUCCCUAAGUAUCAAAUACUGUGUUGAUUCUUAAUCGAAAUGGCUUAGCACAGUGUACACAUUGUCAGUAGUUUAUGAGCUCCUGCACAGUGUGCAUAGUGUGUGGCCUCCAUAUUAUGCCUAAUGCCUCUGGAUCUCAACUUUCCAUUUGCCAAGUCAGUUAAGUUAUGGACCAACAGCCAAAUCUCCAUCUGACCCUACAUAAUUUUUAGCAAUAGAAUUUUUAAUAUUUCAAAUAUGGCUAACAUCUGUUAACUAUUUCAAUGACUUUAUCUGGUUCCAAGAGGCUGUGGUCAAUGGCAAGAUGCCAUAAUCUGGAAACAUAUUACAACCUUCCAUGUUUGUUACAUACACCCAGUUUACUAUACUUUCCCUUUUAUCAGUUACACUGAAAACCAGCUCAGUAUCAUUCAACUAUUGAGAAAUUAUAAGGUAUGACUUUGGUUCUGAUGUCUAUGUUGCCUUGAUGAUACUAGGUUAAAUAUGUACCAUAAUCUACUUUUGUAAUUUUCAAGUCGCUUACAAAUUGCUAAAGGAAAUAUCAUUGUGAUCCUGACUAUGAAUAUAAUUGUUGAUUCAGGAAAUAAGCUGUCUUCCAUUGAUUUGAGUUAUUUUGAAUAUAUCAUAUGAUUUUUGGUUGACUUAUUUAAUAGUUGUUUUUAAAGUUUAAGUGGUUGAUCUUUUGUCUAUUAUUUUAGAAAGAAUUGCCAGAAAUAGCAAAAGUUAAUAUAUCAAAGAUUGAAAGAGAUGACCAGAAGGAUCAUGUCAAGAAAAAAUACUUCUGUAACCUACACAAAUGAUAUGAGGACAGUAUUACUACAAGUGGGUCUAAAAUGUUAGUUUUAUUAUCUAUGGAGACUACUACAAUAAUGUCAGCUGAUCUUAUUUGAAUCACUUUGAAUUUAAAUUGAAAUAUGAAAGUUAGUAUUGUGGAUUUCCUAAGAAAUGUUCAUUAAAACCACUGAAAUAAAAAAGAAAAUCAAGAAAACAGGAGAAUUUCUGAUUGCAACUGAAUUAUCUUUAAAGAUAUAUAGUAGGUGUCAACAUUGUGGCAUAGAUGGUUAAAUCACUAUUUGCCAUGCUGGCAUCCCACACCAGAGUGUAGAUUUCAGUGUUGGUUCAAGUGCUCAAGUCCUAGCUAAAUUCUGCUUUAAAUCCAGCUUCCUGCUGAUGUGUCUGGGAGGGUAGCAGAUGAUAGUGCAAGUACUAGGCCCCUGCCACCUGUGUGGGAGACCCAAAACUAGGAGGCUGAUUUUGGCCUGGCCCAGCCUUGGCUAUUGGAGGUAUUUUGGGAGAGUGAAUCAGCAGAUGGAAGACUGCUGUCCAUGUCUCUCCUUUUCUUUCUGAUGCUCUGCCUUAUAAAUAAAUAAACAAACAAAUAAAUAAAUAAGUUUUAAAAAUAUACAGAAUAAUAAAGAACCGCAACAGAUACAUACUGGUAAUUAAUAAAACCAUACUAAAUUCCCUUGGAAGACGUCAACUUAUUACCUUGUGACAUGGUUUUGGAGCAGCAGCUAUAACAGCAUGCUUGUCUACAGAGAAUGGUGAAAGCAAAUCUCUGUUUAGGGGGAAAGGGAACAGUGUCGUCAGCUGACAAAAUUGUUGUGUGUAUCUUCCUAAAUUAUAUUGCCCAUGUACAUCUGUCUUAAUGAAGUCAUCAUGCUUAAACACUUGAGCAGUAACAGGGCACACACACUAGUUGUGUACGGCAGGUAUGCCGCAUUUUUUGAGAACACUACAUUUUCUGUCAGAGCUGUGGAGUUCCUAGUUUUAACACUUUAGAAAAACAUCUGUUGAUGCAAACUGCUUAUAGAAACAGUUAAUGAAUGCAAAUGAAAUGCAGAGACAGUAGUCAGAAACCCCAGAUGCACUGUGCUACAGUUACCCUCCUUGCUCAUCAGUCCACCCAUUCACCUAGAGGAAUACCUUAAUGAUGCCUAAUCAUGUCUACCACAAGAAAGCUUGUGGCUUUGGUAUUGGUAUCCUUUCUCUACCUAAACCAUCUAAAUCUCAAUGCUAGCUUAAAAAGUGUUCCUUUCUGGCUUGGAGAGGGGUUGGGGACGGGCAAUCACAUAAAGCUGUCUGGAGUCUAUAGGCUGAAUUCCCUCAAAGUUAUCUUUUAAGUGAACAAGCCUUGGAGUCAUUGCGGUAACUACAUGAACAUUACCUACCAACACACACACACAUAUUGACAUCAGAUUUAUCCUUGGUAGGGCUUAGAAAUACCAAACAAUUACAAACUUUAUUGAAAUUCUAAUCAAAUUAGUCAUUUAUAACUUCUGCCAUUAAGUAAACAAAAUAUCUCUUCCACAUCCUAAACCCUAUGAUGCAUAUUUUCACAUGUAAGGGUUGCUGUCUUACUGCAGACAAAGACUUUAAAACUAAAAUAUCUGAAAAUUAAAUUAUCUAAAUACCAGAUUAAUGAACUUCAAAGAAAAGAAAAUGGAAGCGUUUAUAACUCUGGGAAAAUUCAGAAUACCUUGUCUAUGUUAUUUAUUCUCAUCACACCAUUUAAUAAAUUAUCCCUUGAACUGUCUUUAUAUAGCUAUUUAUUUCUAUAGAUAUGCAUCCUCUAUCUUCUAAAGGAUUAACUUCAAAUGUAAGAUGCAGAAGAUUAUUUGGCAUUGAAUAAGUAAGUCACAAAAUACUAACCCUAUCAAAUCUCAUCCAUAUUGUCAAGAAGAAAUUAAACUAAGCACUGGGAACCAGUUAGCAAUUUGAAUUGAAAUAAUAGGCAAGUGAAAGAUUGCAAUAUGCCAGUGAUCAUUUUGCUUUCAUGGGCUAGAAGAAACAGGGUCAGUGCUUGAAUGGGACCUAAAAAUUAGAAGAAUAUUUUUGAAGACAUAAAAAUAUGAGGGGAGCCAUGGAGCAAGUGAAAGAGGUUGGGAAGAAGAAUGUAGAAACAGAGACAGAGGAGGAGGUUGGAACGGAAAAAGAGAGAAGGGGAGAGUGAAAAUGAGAGGGAUGUUGUGGUGAGAAACUAUAGUUCUUGUCCUGAAGAGUUGUGAUAGUGUAUCAGUUAAGCCAUUUUAAAUUGCAAGUAACAAAUCCCAAUAGAUUUAAGUGAUAAUAGAAAAUUCCCUCAUAUAACAAAUAUUUUAGAAAUAGUACUUUCCCACCAUCUUUUAAUGCAGUGACUCAACAUGUUGCAGGUAAAUAGAUGUUACCAGAUUUCCUGCUUUUCUAGCCUUAAAAUGUUGCUUACCUCUGCCUCUUGAUCUUUAUAGUUUCAAGUCUAUUGCAGCACUUCUAGGCCCCACAUUUCUCCCAGCACUGUUUUAAUCUAUCUUCAGACUUGCUCUUUUAUUUCAUGGAUCAGAAUAUCAUCCUACGCCCUUUUACAUAAACUGUUAUCCAUAGGAGAACAAAUCACUAGGAUAGACUACAUACGGUCAAGGGUAACCUAGGGAAAAUCAGAGAUAAAACCUUGAUAGAAUAGGAUCUAUGAUGAGACAAGGAGGAAUGGAAAGCAAGUAAGUUAACAAAGCUAAAGGCAGCCUGUAUCCAACUGUUCUGGGACAGGAGAAAACAUGGAAAUGGAAACUUCUUAAUCUGAAGGGCGUAAGUUUUAAUAUGGAAGUCGUGGUUCCUGCUAUGUUUAAGGAGGUAUUCAGGCAGUAUAGAUUGAGGUUGAGGGAGGGCUUGCAACAAAUGAUGACGUGGAAGCUUUGUGUUUCCAAAGUACUUUGUCCUAGCUUCCUCUUCAUGCAUUUCACUCUGACCUGAUGGCCAGCCCUCCAGAACAAGGCAGACUCAGAUCCAUUUCAUGUCCUUUACCUUAGUUAUUUUGCCUUCCUGAAAUGCUCAUACCCCAAUGAUUUUUUCCGGGCAUGUUUUCUUCUGGACUUUGUGUCAGUGUAUAUUUUACUUCCUCGAAGAAGUCUUUCUGGCCACAUCAGUCUAAAGUAUGUCUUCCAUUAGUUUUUGUCAAAUUAACUUGGUUAAGUGUAAUUUUUAUUGGGUUUUUAACUUCUUCUUUGUUUAUUUAGUUGUUUAUUUUUUCUUUAUUUCCCCAACAUAAUGUAAUCUCCACGAGAGCAAGGGCUUUGCUGUAUUUUUCACUCUUAUUUCCUCUGUGCCCAAAACAUAGCCCUAGGGCCUCUAAUUUCUAGCUGGAGUGAAGGGUAGAUGUAGCUUUAAUUCAGGGCCAUGCAUUGUGGUGCCGUGGGUUAACCCACUGCUUGAGAUGCUGGCAUCUCAUGUCAGAGCACCACGUUCACUCAUGGAGUGAUACAGUUUUCUGGUAAUGUUCUUGGGAUGGCAGUAGAAAAUGGCCCAAAUGCUUGAGGCCCUGACACUCAUGUGGGAAACCAGGAUGGAGUUCCUGAUUCCUAGCUUCUGCCUGGCCCAGCCCUGGUUUUUGUGUCCAGCUGGGGGGUGAAUCAAUGAAUGGAAGAUCUCUCCCUUUCUCUCUGUUAUCCUGACUUUCAAUAAAUAAAUAAUCAAUUAAAUAAACAAGUCUUUGAUUAAAAAAUAGCUUUUUUUCAGACAUUUGGGAAUUUAUGGAAGGAACCCAUUCCUUCGGAAUCUGUCUUAGGUGUUUUAAAUAUAUAUACUUCUUGAGCCCUUAAUAGUUUUCUUAGGGUUUGUUUGUUCCAAACACUUUGGGAGUAAAUGUUUAUGCAAAGUCACUAAAAUAUAUGUUGAAUGGUUAAAUUAAAGGAUUACUAUACAUAUGCAUCAAAUAUAUUGUCAUGAAAUAUUAAAGAAACAAAAAUUACUACAGAAGCAUAUAUCUAUUAAACAGUAAACAAACAUAAGUGAAGCUGCUAGAAUUGAUUACAACAAAUUGACAUUAUUAAUAAAAAUAAAAGCCUUCCUAAAGUGGAGAAGACUUAAUAGCUAUACAGAGCAACUAAGAAGCUUGCUAUAGGCAUCAAAGAGUGCAUGCAAUUCCUUUCUGUUUCUCGGUAUCUGUCAUACACACAUACUAGACAUGCACACACACACAGAGAAAUAUGCAUAAUGUACAAUCCCAUUUAUGGCCAGUAAAAACUCAGGGUUUUAGUCUAUUUUAUGUUGCUAUCAUAGAAUGUCUUACACUGCACAAUUUACAAGGAACAGAGACUUAUUUCUUACAGUUCUGGAGGUUGGGAAAUCCAAGGUCAUGAGGUCCACAUCUGGCAAGAGCCUUAUUGCUGACUCAUCCCAUGUCAGAAGGUGGAAGAGAAAGGGAACACACGCUUGAGAGCACAAGAGAUUGAACUCUCAUCCUCAAGCCCUUUUAUAAUCUGAGUUAAUCCAACACCUCAUAUUAGGCCCCAUCUGCCAACACUGCUGCAUUUGUAACGAGGUUUCUAACACACAAAGUUUGGGGAGCAAAUUAAAUCCAUAGCAUUAUGCUAUUAGCUCCCCAAGUCCAUGCUCCUUCCACAUGCAGAAUAUGCUCAUUCCAUUUGAGUAACCCCCAAAAUCCUCAUUUGUUCCAGUGUCAAUUUAGAAGUCCAAAAUUCAGGGUCAUAUCAGAAUCAGCUAUGAUAAGACUGAUUCCAAUGAAUACUGCCCAAAUCAAAACUUCCAAAAUGCAACAAUGGGACAGGCAUAAGACAGAUGUCCUCAUUGCAAAUGGGGAAACGGGAUACUAUUAAAAGAGGUAACUGAUCCAAAGUAAGCCCAAAAUCCAACAGGGAAAGCAGCAUUAAACCUUAAACCAGCAGAAUGAUCUUUUACUCUAUGUAAAACCUGAAAAACAUUCAGGAGUGGGAUGCCCAAAGUCCCAGGUAGCCCUGCCACUGACUUUGCUGGAUUCACCAUACACAGUAGUUCUUAUAGAUUGGAGUCUCAUGCUUGAAGCUCUCCAAAGUUGGUGUUGUGUGAUGGUAGCAUUAUAAUUCUAGGAUUUUUGGAAUGGCUACACUUCUGUGGUUGCACUAGGAAUUGCACUAAUGAAGAUUUUCUGUGAUCCCUGCCCUAUGCAAUGUUUCUGCCUGAGCCCCCAGACUUUUCAAUGCAUUCUUGGAAAUCUAGAUGGAGAAUGAUAUGGCUUCAUAGUCCUAAUAUAACCACCUGUAAGAUUAACAUUGCAUAGAUUCUGCCAAAAUUUACAGCUGUACCUGUCAAAAUAGUGGCCUUACCUGCACUUAUGGCUUCUUAAGCCAAGGUAGACAAUGAGUUCUAAACCAACAUUUGGUGAAUUCAGACCUGAGAUGACAAAUAUGGAGAUCUCAUAUGUGCCUCUCUAGAAAUCUUUCCAUCAAAGUCCAAGAUUUCUUCAAAGAUCUCUAGUAUUCCUUUGAGAUGUUGUUGUUGACUAGCACCUGCAUGCCUUCUUUUUAAAUGUUUUUAUUUAUAUAAGGGGAAAAAAUUUUAUGUAUUUCAUAUAUACAGAUUUAAGAACAUAAUGAUACCUCCUACCCAUUCGCUCACCCUCCCUCCUCCUUCCUUUCUUAUUCUUUUAUUUAAUUUUUACGAUGACAUACUUUCAGCUUAUAUUAUAACAAACUUAACCCUCCACUAAAUAAAGCAUUCAACCAGUAGUAAGUAGAAAAAUCACUGUUCCUCAAGAGUAUAGACAGGACUAUAAAUAAUAAAUCCCAAAAUGGAUGCCUUCUCUCUGCACUGAUCUCUUUUGUAAGAAAAUUUUAUUUAAUAAAUACAAAUUUUAAAAGCACAACUUUUGGAUUAUAGCAGUUUUCCUCCCCAUAACCACCCUCCUACCCACAAACCAUCCCAUCUCCUACUCCAUCUCCCAUCCCAUUCUUCAUUAAGAUUCAUUUUCAAUUAUCUUUAUAUACAGAAGAUCAACUUAGUAUAUACUAAGUAAAGAUUUCAACAGUUUGCACCCACACAGAAACACAAAAUGUAAAGUACUGUUUGAGUACUAGUUAUGGCAUUAAUUCACAUUGUACAACACAUUAAGGACAGAGGUCCUACAUGGGGAAUAAGUGCACAGUGACUCCUCUUGUUGACUUAACAAUUGACACUCUUGUUUAUGGCAUCAGUAAUCACCUGAGGCUCUUGUCAUGAGUCACCAAGGCUGUGGAAGCCUUUUGAGUUUGCCAACUCCGUUCUUGUCUACACAAGGUCAUAGUCAAAGUAGAAGUUCUCUCCUCCCUUCAGAGAAAGGUACCUCCUUCUUUGAUGGCCCGUUCUUUCCACUGGGAUCUCACUCACAGAAAUCUUUCAUUUAGGUCAUUUUUUUGCCACAGUGUCUUGGCUUUCCAUGCCUGAGACACUCUCUUGGCUUUUUAGCCAGAUCCAAAUGCCUUAAGGGCUGAUUCUGAGGCCAGAGUGCAGUUUAGGACAUCUGCCAUUCUAUGAGUCUGCUGUGUAUCCCACUUCCCAUGUUGGAUCCUUCUCACCUUUUUAAUUCUAUCAAUUAUUAUUAGUAGACACUGGUCUUAUUUAUGUGAUCCCUUUGACACUUAAUCCUAUCAUUAUGAUCAAUUAUGAAUUUAAACUGCUCACUUUAACUAGUAAGAUGGCAUUGGUAUAUGCCAACUUAAUGGGAUUUGGAGUCCCAUGGCAUGUUUCUAGCUCUACCAAUAGGGGUAAGUCCGAGUGAGUGUUUGCUGAACUGUACAUCUCCUCCCUCUCUUAUUCCUACUCUUUUAUUUAACAGGGAUCAUUUUUCAGUUAAAUUUAACCACCUAAGCAUAAUUGUGUGUUAAUUAAAGAGUUCAACCAAUGGUAUUAAAUAGAAAAAGAAAAUACUAAACAGUAUAAAAUAGUAAGUUGUUCCUCGACAGUCAAGACAAGGGCUGAUCAAGUCAUUGUUUCUAAUAGUGUCCAUUUCACUUCUACGGGUUUCCUUUUAGCUACUCAAUUAGUUGUUACAGAUCGGGGAGAACAUAUGAUAUUUGUCCCUUUGGGACUGGCUUAUUUCACUCAGCAUGAUGUUUUCCAGAUUCCUCCAUUUUGUUGCAAAUGACCAGAUCUCAUUUUUUUUUUACAGCUGUGUAGUAUUCUGUAGAGUACAUAUCCCAUAAUUUCUUUAUUCAGUCUUCUGUUGAGGGGCAUUUAGAUUGAUUCCAUGUCUUAGCUAUUGUGAAUUGAGCUGCAAUAAACAUUAAGAUGCAGAUAGCUUUUAUAUUUGUCAAUUUAAUUUUGGGUAAAUUCCGAGGAGUGGGAUUGCUGCAUCAUGUGGUAGGGCUAUAUUCGGAUUUCUUUCUUUCUUUCUUUCUUCCUUUCUUUU